CGGGCGGGGAGCCCCCGCUGCGGGGGCGUCGGGGCCGCGCCUGGGCAGCGGGCGGAGCCGCCGCCGCCGCCUUCCCUCCUGCUCCUGCCGCCGGAGCCGCUCCGCGCCUCGGAGGCUGCGCUCGGCUGCGCUGGGCUCGGCUCCGCGGCGCUCGGUGCGGCCCCGCAGCCGCCGCCGGCAGGGAGGGAGCGAGCGAGCGAGGCGGACGCCGCCGCCCGCGCCGCGCCCAUGGGUCCCCUCCUGCUCCUCUGGGCGUGUGCGGCCGCCGCCGGGGCAGCUGUAGGGUUUGGAAUGGAUCCUGACUUACAGAUUGAUAUCAUCACAGAACUGGAUCUUGUGAAUACAACCUUUGGGAUAACACAGGUUUCAGGACUACACAAUGCCAGCAAAGCAUUUUUAUUCCAAGAUGUAGAAAGAGAAAUCCACGCAGCACCUCAUGUGAGUGAGAAGUUAAUUCAGCUCUUCCGGAAUAAAAGUGAGUUCACGUUUCUGGCCACUCUGCAACAAAAGGCAUCGACUUCUGGAGUUAUACUGUCCAUCCGAGAGUUAGAGCACAGCUAUUUUGAACUGGAGAGCAGUGGCCUGAGGGAUGAGAUCAGGUAUCACUACAGGUUUAAUGGGAAGUCAAGAACAGAGGUGUUCCCGUACCGCCUGGCAGAUGGACAGUGGCAUAAGAUUGCUGUGUCACUUAGUGCAUCCCAUCUUCUGCUCCACGUGGACUGCAACCGGAUUUAUGAACGUGUCAUUGAUCCCCCAGAAACGAAUUUGACACCUGAAAGCAGUUUAUGGCUCGGACAGAGAAACAGGAAACAUGGUUUCUUUAAGGGUGUUAUUCAAGAUGUGAAAGUCGUCUUUAUACCUAAUGGAUAUAUAACGCAGUGUCCUAAUCUGAAUCGCACAUGCCCGACCUGCAGUGAUUUCUUAAGUCUGGUGCAAGGAAUCAUGGAUUUGCAAGAACUCCUGGCAAAAAUGACUGCAAAAUUAAAUUAUGCAGAAACAAGACUGAGUCAAUUGGAAGACUGUCAUUGUGAGAAGACUUGUCAAGUAAAUGGAUUGAUCUAUAGAGACAAAGACUCAUGGGUUGAAGAUGAUCACUGCAGGAACUGCACAUGCAAAAGUGGAGUUGUGGAGUGCCGAAGGAUGUCCUGUCCCCCUCUUGAGUGUCCUCCUGAUGCUCUACCAGUGCAUGUGGAAAGUCAGUGCUGCAAAGUGUGCAAGGCAAAGUGUAUCUAUGGAGGCAAAGUGCUAGCAGAAGGUCAACGAGUAUUAACCAAGAGCUGCAGGGAAUGUCGAAAUGGAGUUUUGGUAAAAGUGACAGAGACUUGUCCACCUUUGAACUGCUCAGAAGAUGAUCAUGUUCUUCCAGAGAACCAGUGUUGCAGUGUUUGUAGAGGCCAUAACUUCUGUGCAGAGGGGCACAGAUGUGGUGAAAAUUCAGAGUGCAAAAACUGGAACACAAAAGCUACUUGUGAAUGCAAGAAUGGUUAUCUCUCUGUCCAAGGAGACUCUGCAUAUUGUGAAGAUAUUGACGAGUGUGCUGCCAAGAUGCAUUACUGCCAUGCCAAUACCGUGUGUGUUAACUUGCCUGGGUCCUAUCGCUGUGACUGUGUCGCGGGAUAUGUCCGUGUGGAUGAUUUCUCCUGUACAGAGCAUGAUGAAUGUGGCAGUGGCCAGCACAACUGUGAUGAGAAUGCAAUCUGUACUAACACUAUCAGGGGACAUAGCUGCACCUGCAAACCUGGGUACGUGGGGAACGGGACCAUCUGCCGAGCAUUCUGUGAAGAAGGAUGCAGAUAUGGUGGAACUUGUAUAGCCCCUAACAAAUGUGUCUGCCCUUCUGGAUUCACAGGAAGUCACUGUGAGAAAGGGUGGUACCACUGUGAGUGCAGAAGCGGUUUCCAUGACAAUGGAAGCUAUUCUCUUUCCGGGGAGUCCUGUGUUGAUAUUGAUGAGUGUGCCUUGAAGACCCACACCUGUUGGAAUGAUUCAGCCUGUGUGAACCUGGCAGGAGGGUUUGAUUGCCUUUGUCCAUCCGGACCAUCUUGCACUGGAGACUGUCCCCAUGAAGGAGGCUUCAAGCGGAACGGGCAGGUGUGGACCCUGAGAGAGGACAGAUGCUCCGUUUGUUCCUGCAAGGAUGGGAGGAUUUUCUGCCGGAGGACGGCCUGUGACUGCAAGAACCCCAGCGCUGACCUGUUCUGCUGCCCCGAGUGCGACACCCGCGUCACCAGCCAGUGCCUCGACCAAACCGGGCACAAGCUCUACCGCAGCGGGGACAACUGGACCUACAGCUGCCAGCAGUGCCGCUGCCUGGAAGGAGAGGUGGAUUGUUGGCCUCUUCUGUGCCCGAGUCUAAACUGCGAGUACACGGCUAUCUCCGAAGGAGAGUGCUGUCCCCACUGUGUCAGUGACCCCUGUCUGGCUGACAACAUCACCUAUGACAUCAGGAAAACCUGUCCAGAUGGCUAUGGAAUCACAAGGCUUAGCGGCGCUGUAUGGACAAUGGUGGGAUCUCCUUGUACAACUUGCAAAUGCAAGAAUGGGAACGUCUGCUGCUCGGUGGAUUUAGAGUGUCUCAACAACAACUGACCUCGUCAGACUGGACUGUGCUGAGGGAGGAACACUGAUGGAGUUAACACCUGAAAGGAAGUCGUGUGCAUUGGCAUUUUAUAUACAACAGACAAUUACCAAAGUCUCCAAACGAGGAAGGUGUUUGGGAGUUGCCUUUGGGACCGAUCACUAUGCUCAUCCUUGUCCGGGUGACUCACAGUACAGCGCAUAGAAGUCAAUGGUUGCUAAAAGUUUUCAGUGUUGUAAAUUACACACUUUUCCUGUCAAGAAAUUCGCAAAUAUGUUUAAAUUAUUUCAUGGGUAAACUAAUGCUGUACUUUUGUUUUAAUUUGUGUACUGACAACAUUGAUAGAAUUCAGCUCUUCUUACUUUGAAUCUAGAUUUUACAAAUAAGGCAGCCUGUCGUGAUUUUUGUCCCAUGAUAUCACAUACUUAGUUCCAAGGUCCCUGUUAGAUGUAUUUAUGAAAAUAUGUAUGUAUGUACAGUCAAAUUGCAUAGUACUUAUAUUUCACAGCUGUCCAACAUUUUAAAGCAUUCAAAGGUAUGGACAGAAUGGAAGUAGUCAAAAUAAGUCUGUCUUAGAAAAAUUAUAAAAUUAAAUGCCAUGAACUUAAUGAAAUGGCAGAAAAAGCACUUUCUUCUCCAAAUGUGCAGAGCAGCAAGACUCCUAUAGUGAGAAAUGGAACUAAACCCACAUUCCAUUGCCAAUUCAAUACAGAUUCAGGAAAGAAUCACCAGUCAUUACCAGUAUUCCAUUGAGUAUAGUUCCUCUGGAUUAUACAGUGAUACAACAGAGACCCUUAAGAUGAUGUAAUUUAAGUUGACUAAGGUAGAAUUUGCUUGCAUUUGUAGCAUCAUUGAUGAGUUCAGAGUCUUUCCUUUUUUUGUGUUUGCAGUAAUAAUGAUGUCUGUCAUGCUCAGUUACUGCUCCCACAGUGACAAAGUGCAGAGGCCCCUCUACCAGUGACAUGCAGGACAGGAGGCCUUAACUUCCAUUGCUUGGUAACUUCCAUUACCCAGUUAACAGCUCAGAAACAGAUUUUAUCUUUUCAUAUUUUAUGACAUUCAGAAAUAUUUAGUUUUAAAUUUACUGCAUUGUUGAGUACCUAAGUUUAGACAGAAAUAUAAAGUAAAACUCCUAGCCCCAUAUCGAGGUUAGAGUUUAGAUUCUCUUCAACUAAUGUCUAUUUUUUUUCAUGAGGCUAGAAAGUUUGUGACAUUAGAACAACAAUAUAUUUCUAUGGUGAUGCAUCUAUGGCUUAAAUGUCACAUUCUUAACGUGUUGUUAUGUUUUGUUCUGCUCAUUGUGUGGUGUUUUUUUCUUUCUGUUUAUUUCCUUAAACACACUGAGUGUAUGGAAAAGAUUGCAAAAAUAAGUAUAGUGGCUACAGUUUGGAAAGUCUACAUUUGUGAGUUUUUCAUAAUUUCAUGGAGAAAAUGUGAAACUGAUUAAUAAGAAUGAAGUGUGACUAUACAGUGAAAAAAUUAGUUGUCUUUUAAAUGAAGUACUAUUAUGUUUAUAAGGGGACAGUGGCAAAGAAUAUGAAAUUACUUUAAUCAUUCAGACAACUUUAUUCCCAUUUUUUAAAUGGGUUUUGUUUUAGUUAACAGGUUUGUGUGGUAAAGUUAAAUUUAUUUUCUUAAAAUGCCCCAUCAUUUUCAGCUAAUAAUGUGUUGAUUCUAUUUGCAUUGCCCUGAUGAUUGUAUAAUAAGGGAAAGAGUUGUGUUUUAUAUGAUACUCAAAGGAUGUUUGUAAAUCAUAAUGUCAGCUCAUUUUGUAUAUCACAUUGUAAAACCCAAUGGUAAUUCAGUUGGAUAGGAUAUCCAGUGGGCUGAGAUAUAAAGGGGAAUGAUUUAAAAUUUGUGGGCAUCUAAAUAAACUCCUAUGUACA